AUCUCUAUAUCAGACAAUGGUUCACCUAUAUUGACAUCAACUACUCGUGUGGUAGUAUCGGUUUUAGAUAUUAACGAUAAUAGCCCAGUGUUUGAUCAACGUGUGUAUAAAGUACAAGUUCCUUCGACGACACAUAUAAAUGAAUCUAUAUUUCAAGUUCACGCAAUUGACAACGAUGACGGGGAAAACAGUCGAAUAACGUAUUCAAUCAAAUCUGGAAAGAAGAAAAAUAAGUUCCGUAUUGAUAGUUUUAGUGGGCAUAUAUUUUUUACAAAGAGCUUCGAGGCUGACUCAGAAUAUGAAAUUAAUGUUAAAGCUGAAGACAAUGGAAUCCCUAAAAAAAGUCAAACUGCAUUAGUGAAUAUACUGGUUCUUCCUAUAUCGCCAAAUUCACCGAAUUCUCCUUCAAUCGCUAAAAAGUCAAUAAAUAAUAUUGUAGAUCUGACGGAAAAUGAUAAGCCUGGUUUCUUAGUGACGCAAAUUCAGGCAAUCGACGAGGAUAACGAUCAGCUUUGGUAUAAUAUCAGUGGAGGAAAUGAAGGAAAUUGCUUCUACAUUGGAAGAGAUACUGGAAAUGUACUGUUGUCAAAGUACUUGGAUUACGAAACACAAACCUCUUACAAUCUAUCAAUUAGUGUAACUGAUGGCUCAAAUAUAGCACACACUUGGCUAUAUAUACAAGUUGUUGAUACAAACGACAAUGCACCUCAAUUUACUAAAGAGAUAUAUCAUGUUAAUAUAUCUGAAAAUAUUGAGGAAGAAUCUGUCAUUAUGCAGCUCCAUGCAACUGAUAGAGAUGAGGAUAAAAAAUUAUUUUACCAACUACAUGCUACACAAGAUCCAUCAUCCCUAACAUUAUUUCGAAUAGAUUCCAUAAGCGGCAAUGUAAUAGUCACCCAGAAACUUGACUUUGAAAAGACAUCGCAACACAUAUUAAUUGCGUUUGUUAAGGACCAAGGGACACCAGGGAAGAGGAAUUACGCGAAAUUAAUAAUAAAUGUACAUGAUCAUAAUGAUCAUCCUCCUGAGUUCACAGCUAAAAUUAUUCAAAGUAAAGUUCCGGAGAGUGCCGCAAUAGGCUCAAAAAUUGUUCAAGUUAUGGCUAUCGAUCGAGAUAGUGGAAAAAAUGCUGAAAUUCGUUACUCAAUAAUUUCCGGCAACGUGGGAAGUAUGUUUGAAAUUGAUUCAACGUUUGGUAUUAUAUAUUUGACCGCAUCCUUGGACAUCAAUAAAAUGCAGGAAUAUAUGCUGCAGGUUAAGGCUGUAGACCUUGGGCAGCCUCCAUUAUCCUCUCAAGUCCCCGUGCAUAUAAUUGUUACCAUGUCUGAUAACGAUCCCCCAAAGUUUUUCACCGAUAUGAUUUCAUUGGAAAUGUUUGAAAACUUAAAUGUGGGGUCAUUUGUAACACAAGUUGAAGCUCGAUCGUCUUCAUCUGUUUUCUUUAAUAUAAUAUCUGGAAACGUCAAUGACAGCUUUCGAAUUAACCCCUCCACAGGUGUUAUUGUUAUCAACACUAAUGUCGAUUAUGAAAUAAUCAAGAUUUAUAAUCUAACUGUAAAAGCGACGAAUAUGGCCUCCCAGUCUUCUUGUCAAAAUGUAAUAAUUCAUGUUUUAGAUAUGAACGAUAAUAUUCCGAAAUUUUUGCAAAGUGAAUAUAUAGGAAGCGUUUCGGAAUCCGCUGCUUUGGGUUCAUAUGUAUAUAUAAUUGACGAUAAGAAAAAACGUCAUUUAAAACUAAAUGUAUCUGAUGCUGAUGUUGGACCUAACGCAAUGUUGCAAUACAAUAUACUUGACGACUUGGCAAGCCAAAUGUUUAAGAUUGAUUCCACUACCGGAGCUAUCGAAAUUUUACAUAGUCUGGAUUAUGAAACGAAGACAAAUUAUUCUUUUUUUGUAACGGUCAGUGACAGUGGUAAACCAAAAUUACAUUCCAUUACAACAGCUCACGUAAUGAUAAUUGUGAGUAAUGUUAAUGAUUGUCCUCCAGUAUUCAAAGAUCGAGACCUGAAUGUUACAUUGUUUGUACCAACUUUUGAAAAUGUAUUUGUGGAUCGAGUUUGUGCAUUUGACGCCGAUAACGAUAUCAUUCGUUAUGACAUUGUUGAUGGAAACAACCAAGAAUGUUUUCAAAUACAUCCCGUUACAGGAUUAAUAACAACAAGAAAUGACGAAUUUAAAAGUCAAGAAUACAUUUUACACGUCCGUGCCUCUGAUGGAUUGUAUUCCACUAUUCUGCUCGUAAAUAUUAAAAUUGAGACAAUAGCUGAUUCCAACUUCGUGUUUAAAAAAAAUAUAUACGAGUUUUCAACAUUUGAAAAUACAACGAAAGUUGCGACAAUAGGAAUAAUUAAUGUCAUUGGAAAUACAUUGUCCGAAAAUGUUGAAUACAUUAUACUUAAUCCAACUGAAAUGUUCGAAAUCGGAAUUACUUCUGGAGCUAUAAAGACAACCGGAGUAAUGUUCGACCGAGAAGUGCAGGACAUGUAUAAGAUAUUUGUUGAAGCAAAAUCAUCGAUCUCUGAUAAGGACAAUACGAAUAUUCGCAGAGCAAUCACUUCAGUUCAUAUCUCUGUAUUAGAUAUAAACGAUAAUUGUCCCAUGUUUGUUAACAUGCCAUAUUAUGCUUCAGUAUCUGUUGGCUUUACAAAAGGAACGAUCAUAAUGAAAGUAAAAGCUAUCGAUCUAGACAGUGCUGAAAAUGGAGAAGUUCGGUAUGAAUUGAAAAAAGGAAACGGGGAACUUUUUAAAAUGGAUCGAAAAACAGGAGAAUUGUCAAUUAAACAAAUUAUUGAAGGACAUAAUCAAAAAUAUGACUUGAUAGUCGCAGCGUGCGAUGGGGCUGUAAUUUCAUGCUGCACAGAAGUACCAGUUCAAAUAAAGGUUAUUGACCGUUCUAUGCCAAUAUUUGAAAAACAAUUUUAUUCUGUGAGCGUGAAAGAAGAUGUUGAAAUGUACACUACGCUAUUUGUAUCUAUCCAAGCUGAGAGUCCUUUAAAACGGAAACUGAUUUACACAAUAUCAGCCGAUAAUUCAGAACAAUUCUUUGAAAUCGAUUAUAGAACAGGGUCUUUGUAUGUGGUUAACGAGCUUGAUUAUGAGAAGAAAAAUAUACAUGAGAUAUCUAUUCGAGCUACUGAUAGUAUUUCCGGAAUUUAUGCAGAUGUCUUAGUAUCGAUAACAGUAAUUGAUGUAAAUGAUUGUUAUCCCGAUAUUAAAAAUGACUACUAUAAUAUUACAUUACCGGAAAAUAUUCCAUUUGGAUCACAAAUAUUAAAAAUAAACGCAACUGAUAGGGAUUCUGGCGUUAAUGGAAAACUAUCAUAUUUCAUCGAAUCAAUCGAUGGUCGAAAUAAUUCCGAUACUUUUUACAUUGACGUUAAUGAAGGAUAUUUAUAUUUAAAAGCAUCUUUGGAUUUUGAACUAAAAGAUCACCAUCACGUGGUUGUGCACGUUAAAGAUCACGGCUCUCCUCAAUUAUCAUCAAAAUGCAAUGUUUUUAUUGCAGUUAAAGAUCUUAAUGAUAACUCUCCGAAAUUUAUCGAGCCCUCUUUUAAUACGAAGCUGUCAGUAGCUGCGACACGCGGUCAAUUUGUUGCAUUGCCAAGAGCGUUUGAUAAUGACAUGUCUGACAUUAAUUUUCUGCAAUACAAAAUCGUUGAUGGAAAUGAAUUACAAACAUAUAACAUAGAUAAGCGAAGCGGAAUUAUUUACCUUCAAAAUAUGUUAAAUUUUACAGAUAAACCAGUCACGAUUUUAAAUAUUUCUAUUUCCGAUGGAGUUCACACAAGUUUUGCUAGAUUAAAAAUUACUUUAGUCCCUGAAAAUGUCCACAGUCCAGUGUUUGAUGAAGUGACAUAUGAAGCAAAAAUUUCGGAAAACCUUCCGAAUGGACAUAAAAUAAUCACGGUAAAAGCUGUUGAUAAUGAUUUUGGCCAAUACGCCAAUGUUUAUUAUGAAAUCACGUCGGAAGAAAUGAAAAAGUAUUUUAAUAUAGACCGAAAUAGUGGUAUAAUAACAUCGAAAGUUUCAUUUGACCGAGAAAUUAAAGAUGAGUACGUCGUCCAGUUAAAAGCAAUUGAUGGUGGAUGUAAAUUUGGGUUUGCUACACUAAGAGUAUACAUUAAGGACGUUAAUGACAAUGCCCCACAAUUCUCUUUGAAGGAAUAUAAGCUUGUAAUAAGUUCUUUAAUAAAUCCAAUUGAUACCAUAUUGGCAGUAAAGGCUAUGGAUAAAGAUAUAGGCGUCAAUGGCGUUGUUAAAUAUACAAUUUUCCCCAACUCAAUAAAAACCAUGUUGGAAAAGAAAAUUCAUUUGAAUGAAAGUACUGGAAACAUAGUUAUUAUUAGGAAACCAGAAAAGCUUGAAAAGGGCGUUUUACAAUUUUUUAUUCGAGCUUUUGACUGUGGUGAGCCAUCAUUGCAUAGCGACAUUCCGGUUUCUCUUGAAAUAGUUGAUUCGGACGUAAAGGUUCCAGCGUUUGAAAAAUCUCAAUACAAUCUUAAAAUAAUCGAAUCUACAUCACCGGGAACUGUCUUGACUAAAUUUAAUGUUUAUGGAAAUUAUUCAUUAAAAUUUUCUACUUCAGACAAGAGCUCAAUUUUUACAGUAUCUGAAAAUGGGGAAUUAAUUUUAAUGCAAACAUUGGAUCGGGAGCAACAGGAAACACAUUAUAUUGUAAUAGUUGCCGAAACAGCAACGUUACCUGUUCUAUAUGCAUAUGCAGAUGUUAAUAUUCAUGUUAAUGAUGAAAACGACAAUUAUCCUAAAUUUGACAAUAUAAUUUAUAGUGCUGAUGUUGCGGAAAAUACUGAUAAAGUAGCGUCAAUACUAAAAAUAACGGCAACUGAUGCAGAUAGUGGAUCGAAUGGUGAUGUUCGUUACUAUAUUGACGAUGAAUCAAAUGGUAUUCGAAACGUUUUUGAUAUCGACAUUUAUACCGGAAUGAUCACUCUCUUGUCUUCUUUGGAUAGAGAAGUACAAUCAGAGUUUAACUUUAAAGUGAUUGCCACAGAUAACGGUCACCCAAAACAUGAUUCAAAGAUACCAGUGUCUAUUAAAGUUAUUGAUUAUAAUGACAACGGACCCCAAUUCAAGAUGUCCAAGGACCAGAUAUUUGUUUUAGAAAGCGCCCUUCCAGGAACAGUUCUCAAAAAUUUGCUGCUUAUAGAUCCAGAUAGCGAAAAGCAAGUAAUGGAGUAUUAUAUUAUUUCUGGAGAUAAUCAAGCGCAAUUUCAAAUUGGAAAAACAGGAGAGUUGUUUAUAUCAAGACCUCUUGAUAGAGAACAAAUAUCAUUCUACAACUUAAGCAUAUUAGCCACAGACGGCAAGUUUACCGCCAAGUCUAAUGUUCAAGUGCACAUAAAAGAUGUUAACGAUAAUAUGCCAUACUGCUUGAAACCUCGUUACCACAUUACAAUAAAUGAAUCGAUAGCGGUCGGAUCAACCAUUGGUGAAGUGAACGCAUUAGAUUUAGACUCAAGUAAUGAUUUUAAGUUACGUUAUUACUUAUCUGGGAGGAGUUCCGACGAUUUUGCUAUAUCCAAAGAUAGUGGAAUUUUAAGAGUAGCAAAACUUCUUGACCGCGAGCGAAUUUCAAAAUAUAACAUUUUUACGCACGUUCAGGAUGGGAAAGAAUUCUUAAGAGAAUGUGUGUCUGAAAUAAUAAUUACUGUGAAUGACAUCAACGAUAAUGCCCCCAUUUUCACUAUGCCAAAUUAUAGAGUAAGCAUACAUGAAGAUGCUCAAUUACAAACGUUGAUUACAAAAGUACAUGCUACUGAUAAGGACUUUGGUAUAAACCGCAAGAUAAGCUAUUCAUUAAUAGGAACAAAUAGUGAUUAUUUUACAAUUUCAAAGUCAACAGGAAUAAUAAAAUUAGAAAAAAGCUUGGACCGUGAAACUAUAUCAUUGUAUAAUUUAACACUUAUCGCCGAGGAUUUCGGGAGACCAAAGCUGUCUUCAACUGCAAAAAUUGUUAUAAAUAUUUUGGAUAUAAACGACAAUCCUCCAGAAUUUACAUUGCGACACUAUUCAUAUCAUUUAUAUGAAAAUGUCACCCAUGGGCAUGAAGUUUGCACAGUGUUUGCUACAUCAAAAGAUAUUGGUGUUAAUGCUGAAAUAUCAUAUUUUAUAAUAAGUGGCAAUGAACAGCGCAAAUUUAACAUUAAUUCAAGAACAGGUGUGCUAUUGGUCAAUGGAUCAUUGGAUUUUGAAAAAACCAAAUUUUAUUUUCUUACUGUUCAAGCAAUUGAUGGAGGCAGCCCGCCGCUUAGCAGCAUCGCAUAUGUUAAUAUCUCCAUAGAUGAUGUUAAUGAUAACAUGCCAACGUUUACGCAAAACAUAUUUCGAAGCAGUGUGAAGGAGGAUAGUUUACUGCAUACUCCUAUAAUAGAUAUUAAAGCCACUGAUGAGGAUUCCAACUUGAAUGGCAUCAUAAAAUAUGAUAUUGUGAAAGGCGAUAGCUUAAGACAAUUUCAAAUAAACAAUAGCAACGGAACAAUAAAUCUGGCAAGGACACUCGAUCGAGAAACUAUUUCAGAUUAUUUACUGGAUGUGCAAGCCUGUGAUUUAGGGACUCCGGUGCAAUGCAAUACUGUACAAGUCAAUAUAAUUGUUUUGGACGCAAACGACAAUGCCCCAGUAUUUUCGAAAGCGAAUUAUAGCAUAGUUUUACAAGAAAAUAGACCGCUGGGAUAUGUUUUACUUACCUUUGAAGUAUCUGAUGCUGACGAGCCACCUAAUUCUAUACCUUAUACAUACGAUAUACGCUCUGGAAAUGAAGGUGGACUCUUUCGAUUGGAGCAAGAUGGAUCGUUGAGUACAGCUUCACGGUUUAAUCACAAGUUGCGAGAUACAUUUACUAUACAAAUUCGCGUUUUUGAUAAUGGCACGCCUCCACUCUAUGCGGACACUUGGGUGACAAUAAAAAUAAUUGAGGAGAGCCAAUAUCCUCCAAUUUUAACUCCUUUAGAGAUUAAUGUAAAUUCCUUUGAAGAUGAAUUUACAACUGCAUUUUUAGGCAAAGUUUAUGCCACUGAUCAAGAUCAAUAUGAUGAACUAACCUUUUCUAUUGCUUCAACAAUUGACGAAACAUAUCAAUCUUCUCAUCUCUUUAGAGUUACUGAAAAAACUGGUGAAAUAUUUUCAGCAUUAAACUUGGAUAUUGGUCUUUAUAAACUAAAUGUAUCUGUCACUGAUGGAAAAUUUACGGUAUACACCACUGUUAAAAUUAACGUUGAGCUGAUAACGAUGGAAAUGAUUAAAGAAGCCACAGUGAUUAGAUUUAGGAAGAUUUCUGCAUCAGAUUUCCUAUUAAGUCAUAGAAAAGGCUUUAUACGAUCCAUACGGAACGUGAUGAGAUGUCGCCCAAAAGACGUGAUUUUAAUAUCAGUUCAGGAGCAAGCUCGAAAUUCUUUGGGUAACAGUGAACAAUAUUUUACAGAUUUAAACGUUGUUUUUGCAGUUCACAAACAACAAAUUAAUCCAAAUUCUGACCCAUUCUUCAGCAGUGAUGAAAUUCGCUUAUCUGUAAUCAGCAAACAAAUUGAAAUUGAGCACGACUCAAACUUAAUCAUUGAGGAAAUAUUACCAAGCUAUUGCAAAAGUAAAGAAAACAGUUGUAUUAAUGGAAUCUGUAAACAAUUGAUCAAUAUGGAAACCAACAAUAUUACAACUGUUUACACUGAUGUUAUUAGUUUUGCAGCGCCUUCCUAUAAUUUAAUAAAUAAAUGUGUUUGCAAACCUGGAUUUGAUGGAAAGUACUGUAAUGAGACAGUAAAUGCAUGCUCUUCAGAACCGUGCCCUCCGCAGAGGAACUGUUUGCCAUCAGAAUCUUUAACUAAGUAUCAAUGCGUAUGUCCAAAAGGAUACUCAGGUUCAUUCUGUGAAAUCAAAUCUUCUAGAUGCAACAAUGGUACAUGCGAUGAUUUUUCAUCAACAGCAGUAUCAUUUGGCGGUAAAAGCUAUGCUCAGUACAAAAUUAAUAAAGCGAAGGCCAAAAACAUAUUGGAAAAUCAAUUUGCCUACUCGCUACAAAUCAGAACGGUGCAACAAAGUGGAACUCUCUUAUAUGCCAGCGGAAAAGUUGAUUAUAAUGUAUUAGAACUUGUAAAUGGAGCUGUAAGAUACAAAUUCGAUUUAGGAUCAGGAGAAGGUGUUGUUAGUGUAUCAAGCAUUUAUAUUUCCGAUGGCGCAUGGCACACAAUAACAUUGGAGCGUACUCUCAGCAGUGCCAAACUAAUUGUUGAUAAUAAACAUGUUUCCCAGGGUAGUGCUCCUGGAGUAAAUGGCAUAUUAAAUAUUCAGUCAAAUGAUAUAUUCGUUGGAGCUGAAGUUCGGCCACAUCCAUCAAUUAUUGGCUAUGAAGAUAUUCAACGGGGUUUUAUCGGAUGUAUGGCAAAUAUAAAAAUUGCUAUGGAGCCUUUACCUUUAUACAUUUCAGGAGGUAGUACGAUUGCUGCUCUUAAGAGAUUCACAAAUGUUGAGUUUAAGUGUGAUCCUGCAAACGUUCUGGUCAGUUUAGGAGUGUGUGGUACCCAACCAUGUCUAAAUAGUGGAGUUUGCAAGGAUGUUGGGAAUGACAAUUUCAAAUGUAUUUGUCAUGCGCGAUUUUCCGGAGAAUUAUGUGAAAUUGAUUUGGAUCCUUGCUCUUCAGCACCGUGUUUAUUUGGAGGGCGCUGUGAAAACCAAGCAGCUAAUAAUUUCACAUGUAUUUGUCCAAUUCACUUAUCUGGAAGAAGAUGUGAAUAUGGAAAGUUUUGUACUCCAAAUCCUUGCAAAAAUGGCGGAAUAUGUGAAGAAGGUGAUGGUGUGUCACAUUGCAUGUGCCGUGGAUUUACGGGGCCAAAUUGUGAAAUGGAUGUUAAUGAGUGUGAAAAUCAACCAUGCGGGAAUGGAGCUACUUGUAUUAAUGAAGCUGGUAGCUUUCGUUGCAUAUGCCCGUCAUUUCUUACUGGUGCAAGCUGCGGAGAUCCCCUUUAUUCUAAUUCUAUUUCUACAAAAUUAAAGAACUUUUCAAUGGAGCAUAUAAGUGGAAUAAUAUCGGGCAUAACUAUUGUAUUUGUUAUCAUCAUCAUAUUACUGGUCUGUCUAGCUUUUAAGAAAAACACAUCUACAAAAAUCAGAAAUCGAAACGAAAAAAAUAAAAAUAAACACUCUAUGAAGCAACCGAAUCUUAACUCACUACUCGACAAGGAAAAUCUGUGCAAGUCGAAUGCUAAAAUAAGCAAUUUAGAAAUCAGUCAACGCCCAAUAAGCUAUUCGCCUCCCAUAAAUGAUAGCCUAUUUGUUAGUAACACAACAUUUGUGAAUAAUUUAGAUAUUUUACGAAGCUAUGGCUCCGCUGGUGAUGAACUUGAAAAUAUACCUUUCGAAUAUCAAAAAGUUAAUCGAACUAAUCAACAUGUUAAUAUAAAUCCAAGCAAUUUAAUCGACGGAGACACCAGUCAUAAGCAAGAGUGGUGUGAACAAAUACAUCUAAAAACUUUUAACGAGAAUAAGCUGAAUAACGAACGGAGAUUAGACUAUGGCUUUCCAGUAAACCGCCUUUCAACCGGAAAGCUAAUUCAGGUUGCAAUGCCCAAAGUGUGUCAUUCUACAUCAAAUGGAAACUUCCUUGAUUCCUCUGGAAACGGUCAAUAUCACUGGGAUUGUUCCGAUUGGGUUCGGAAAAGCCAUAAUCCUUUACCGGACAUAACUGAAGUUCCUGGCGCAGAAGUCGCGGACUCCUCAAGUUUCCACAGUAAUGACAGUAACGAGUCUAAAUCAAAACGGAAAUAUUUAGUUCAUGUAGAAGGCAUCGAUCCAAUUAGAGAUAUAGAUGCUCUAAAUGAAGAUAUGGUGUUUGAAUAUGUGGGUUCAGAAAUGGAAAGCUGUGUUCAACCAUUUUUAUUGCCGAAUUUAAAUAAUGAAUCCCGUUCAAGGCUCAGUUCAUUUAAUAAAAGCGAGAAUGAAGACUACAAACUAAAUACAGUGCCUUUCCAAUCUAAAUCAAAUCAUUUGCGCAAAGUAUAUUUGCGACACCCUGAUUCGUAUUUACCUACAUUACAUACUCCAAGUGACACUGAGGCGGAAAGCUCCAAUAAUGAGACAGCUAUGCUAAAAAAGGAGUUACCAAGAAGAGCAAUCAGUGGUAAUGUAUAUUAUAUUUAUUUACAAUUCGUAUGCAUUUGA